UUAUUGUAUUUUACAAUAUUAUUUCAGGUAGUUCUAGUUUGGCGAUAGACAGUUAAAGACCAUAAACUUUUAAUAGGUUAAAUACAGUUUCUGUAACAGUAAAACUCCAUCAUAUCUCACAGCAAAACCCUCAUUUAUACGGAAUUUUAAAUGGAAUAAAGUUGUUUUUUCUUAUAUAUUACAGACUGUAAGUUGCACAGAAAACCACCGUCAUAUCUCAUGAUAAAAACGUUUUUCAUGUGGUUUCUUUUGAUGGUAAAUUUUUUUAUUUAUACACUAAAAUAUGGAAUAAAACUCCACCUUUAACCGUAAAAUUAUAUUUAUAACUAACAGCAGUGAACAUCAGACAACACGAGCAUACUUUAGCAGUUAGAUAGUGUUUCUGUAGUGGUGAAAAAAACAUUAGAAAUUAUAUAUAUUAGCAGUUUGAAUCCAACUAAAAGCACCUCGUACCAAACUCCCUUUAAGAAAUAUCACAUUUUAACAAUUCCUAAUGUGUUAGUAACAAAACAUGUAACUAUAGAAAAACGAGCCGAAGCCCCUCAUAUGUCCACAGUCUGACUGUUAAUUCGGCAUUGAUAUUAUCAAUAAAGAUAAAGUGUAUUCUGUACGAACUUUACAUUUUGUCUGCUCAACUCGCUCCGCCUCCGUUGUAGCUGCGCUCUUUAAGCGGGCAAAGACCGUGGGAGUGAGAGGCGGACUUCUUGAAAAAGUUAAGAUUUUAACCAAAAUAAGUGCUGGUUCGUGUGUCAGAUCGGCGCCGAAUUGAACACCGACUCACAACACUGUUUAUUAUAAGUCUAUUUUGUGUGUUUCGGUGCCUGAGGAGUUUUUUUAUUCUUUUAUAAUCAACGUAACAACCGGCUGCUCUGUUGUGUGUGACUCAUCUUCUCAACACACGAUCUCCGGCGGUGACGUCGCGGCAGGAUGGGGCGGGCAGAGCGAACUGGCGCCGGGAGAUUCGAUCCCUGACCGCGGUGCUGGCUGCAUUAACGCUCCCGAGUGAACUGGAAGCACCGUUAAACCCCCCCCCCCCCGCAACCAGAACCGUUUGAUUCGCCUCCUCUGGUAGCCAUGUCGUUACGGUGUGUGUCCGUCCAGAGCGGGAGCAGCGGCCGUUGAACCGUCACUGCAUACAGGUAGCUAAGAGCCUGCUAGCCGGAGCUAGCCGUGGAGCUAACGGCGCUAACGAGCCAAAACAAGCCGCCUCGUUCCCUAAACGUGUUUACAGCGAGGACAUCGUGAUUAAUGUUAACAGUAGAUAGAUCAACACGGGGUAAAUGAAAGCGCAAUGUAACGCAGGAGGUUUGAAAUGGAUACAAGGAGCUAACAGUUGGUGUUAGCUCUGUUUUUUUUGCCCGGAGGCCUCACAGACCUCGGCCUCUAGUUCGGUGUGUAACCGAGGAACGCACGACCUUCCCCCGGGGAGCGCCGCGGGAGGUAUACCCCAUCACUGAUAACAGACAGCGAUGGAGGCCAUGGAGGUGGACUUCCCCAUGGAGGGACGAGGCGGCGGGCAGCCGGCGGUCACCGCCGGAGCCGCUGACCUCAACGCACCGUACGUCAUCUCCGACUCCGGCAGCAGCACCGAGGUGGACGAGGACGACGAGGAAGACAACGAGGGAGGACAGACGGCGGCCCGUGUGCCGCCCAGGCUUCCCGCCACCUGGGCGUUCAGUCAGAGAGCGGUUGGCGGCUCCGCGGCCACGCCUUCUGCUGCUCGAGGGGCGCCCAUACGGAGGAGACUCAGGCAGGGCCUCAGGGUGCACUACCCCAGCCAGACCGCGGCGCCCUCCAGAGGCUUCCCCGACUUCCUGCUCCGAGCGCCGGCGGCCAGCGUGGCCGAACCGGAGUCCGGCAGCACCACCGAGGUCAGCGAGUCUGACGAGGAGGAGGAACGGGGGGACGAGGGGGUCGAAGUGGGCGCACCUGCUGCUGCCGCGGAGCCUGCGGACCCCGUGCCGCCGGCGAGUCCUCGCCUUAACGCCCCCGUCCAACACGCACAACCGCAGGAAGCCGGUGCAACCAACUCCAGCUCAGCUGCAGACGGUGAGAGGACCGAAGCUCCAAAACAGGUCGUCCAGCCGCUCCCCGUGGCCUCGGCUCCCCUCCCGUUGUCACACGGCGAGGAGGGCGAAGGCGACAACUGCACCAUCUGCUUCGAGGCGUGGACGACGGCGGGCGAGCACCGGCUGUCCGCCCUGCGCUGCGGCCACCUCUUCGGCUACACCUGCAUCCAGCGCUGGCUGAAGGCUCAGGGCGGCGCCGCCAAGUGUCCGCAGUGCAACAAGAAAGCGAAGCGUUCGGACAUCGUCCUGCUGUACGCUCCGAAGCUGAGAGCGCUCGACAACUCGGAGCAGGAGAGCUUAAAGAAGUCUCUGGAGCAGGAGCAGUCUCUGAGGAGGAAGGCUGAACUGGAAUCAGCGCAGUACAAACUGAAACUGCAGGUCGUCACCAACAAAUACGGACAAGCACAACAAGAGCUGCAGGAGCUGAGGGCUCUGAUGGCCCAGGCUGGUAGAAGCUCUGUCUCCUCCUCUUCCUCCUCCUCCUCCUCCGCGUCGACCUCGCUCCUCCUCGGCCUGUCUCAGAGGGCCGACGGCUCCAGGACGGCCCAGUACGUGUUCUCCAAGGCGGUGCUGGUGUCUCAGGCCGGAGGCUCCAGGGUUUUAUCGUACUGUGAACCUCUGAGCUGCCUGCUGGCCUCGCAGCCGUCCCCUCACUCCACGCUGGUGCCAGGCUGCGGGGUGAAGAAGGUGAGCGUCGUCAACAUGAAGGCGAGUCAGUACGUUCCCAUCCACAGUAAACAGAUCCGAGGUCUGUCCUUCAACAGACAGAACGACAGUCUGCUGCUGUCCGCUGCUCUGGACAACACCAUCAAACUGACCAGUCUGCUGACCAACACGGUGGUUCAGACCUAUAACGCAGGUAAACCCGUGUGGAGCUGCUGCUGGUGUUUGGACAACAGUAACUACGUCUACGCCGGUCUGAGCAACGGCUCCGUGCUCGUCUACGACACCAGAGACACCAGCACGCACGUACAGGAGCUGCAGCCGCUGCGCUCCAGGUGUCCGGUGGCGUCCCUGUGCUACGUCCCGCGGGCGGCGUCCAGCUCCUUCCCCUGCGGCGGGCUGAUCGCCGGCUCUCUGGAGGGCGGCUGUUUCUGGGAGCAGGUCAACGAGACCACGUACAGACCGCACAUCCUGCCGCUGGAGACGGCCGGCUGCACCGACAUCCAGGUGGAGACGGAGAGCCGACGCUGUCUGGUCACCUACAGGCCAGGACGCUCCAACCCGUCCCUGCGCUGCGUCCUCAUGGCUCUGAACCGGACCCCCCAGCAGGACUCCAGCCAGCUGCCCAGCUGUUCCUGCUCUCCGGUGCAGACGUUCAGCGCCGGCUCCUCCUGCAAACUGCUCACCAAGAACGCCGUUUUCAGGAGUCCGGACGGAGGCGGGACGCUGAUCUGCGCCGGGGACGAGGCCUCCAACUCAACCAUGGUGUGGGACGCAGACAGCGGCUCUCUGCUCCAGAAGCUUCCGGCCGACCUCCCGGUGUUGGACAUCAGCCCGUUCGCGGUGAACGGCGAGCACUUCCUGGCCUCGCUCACUGAGAAGAUGCUGAAGCUGUACAGGUGGGAGUGAGCGCCGCAGGACGAUGUGGGAAUCGAACGCUGCUCCACUUUCUUCUCUUUAAAACCCUCUGAUCGCUGGGAGCGAUCGUCCUGAGGAAACAUUUCACCGUCAUCGGUUCUUCUUUUCUACGCCUGCAUCCACGUUACUGCCUCCGGUGACCUUCGACCUGCACAGGAAGCCAAAUAAAGGCAGGGUCAGGUGUGCAGUACAUGGACAGAUUCUGGUCCGGGUUCUGCUGCACCGAGCUCCCAAUAACAUGUUUACACGACUCAAAGGUCAAAUCCAACAUGAACACGCGCGUCCACCGGCGCCGCGUCCACGUGUUCCGAUUCCAGAGUCGCUGUCGGUGAUCGGCUGUGAGCUGCUGUUAGUGUCCGAUAGAAGUGAUCCUGUGUGUGUGUGUGUGUGUGUGUGUGUGUGUGUGUGUGUGUGUGUGUGUGUGUGUGUGUGUCUGUGUGUGUGUGUGUGUGUGUGUGUGUGUGUGUGUGUGUGUGUGUGUGUGUGUGUGUGUGUCUGUGUCUGUGUGUGUGUCUGUGUGUGUGUGUGUCUGUGUGUGUCUGUGUGUGUGUGUGUGUGUCUGUGUGUGUGUGUGUGUCUGUGUGUGUGUGUGUGUGUGUCUGUGUGUGUGUCUGUGUGUCUGUGUGUGUGUCUGUGUGUGUGUGUGUGUGUCUGUGUGUGUGUCUGUGUGUGUUUGUGUGUGUGUGUGUGUCUGUGUGUGUGUCUGUGUGUGUGUGUGUGUGUGUGUCUGUGUGUGUGUGUGUGUGUCUGUGUCUGUCUGUCUGUCUGUCUGUCUGUCUGUGUCUGUGUGUGUGUCUGUGUGUGUGUGUGUGUGUGUGUGUGUGUGUGUGUGUGUGUGUGUGUGUGGCGGUUGUCGCUCGUCAACUAUAAAUCAUGUACACUUUACAUUUUAAGACCACGUGCGAUUCUUUCCUGUAUGUUUUCUAACUAACUGAACACCACUCGCGUCUGUGUCUGACGACCUGCCGAUUGUCUUCUAACCGUCUUCAAACUCGUCUUGUCAACGUGGAUUAGCCUAGCAUAUAGCACGUAGCAUAUCUGAGUACAGGAAAGGAGAACCGACGAUCUGUCUGUGAAAGGUUCUUGUUGGUCGCUAACUGGUUCAGAUUGUUGGUUUGAAUGUCUGACGGCAGUUUAAGAUCCUACAGAGAAAUGAUUUUGGUUUCAUCCGGUCUGUGUACUCUCUCGCUCCCUCCUCGACCUCUCUUACGGUCGACCACAGAACUCAAAGUCCUCGGUCCAAAUUAAACUAAAUAUAGAGCCGUGACUUUGAAAAUCUUUCACAGAGCGAGUCCGCUCACCUCUCCGAGGAUUUCAGAACCAGACUUCUCCUUGAGCGAGACUUCGGUCCGACACACAGCGAAACGUUUCAUUUCUCUGUAGCGUCGUGUCGUCAGUCACAAACAUCACUCUCUGUUUUACUCACUGGACCAGAAACAUUUAGUCCCUUUGACUCAAAAACAUGGGACAAUAAGGUCCAUGUUGAGGAAUACCAAAGUUAAUUUAAUGAUUAAGCAGUGCUUCUCUGCUGAAACAGAAGUUUUGGGAUGUCGGAGGGUCCUUGAAUCCACCGUGAACGUUACUUUAACAAAGAUAAAGACGCCUGCGGUCAGCGGCUGAUGCUGUGAUUUGGAAAAAAUGGUCAACAGAGACGUAAAAUGUUCAUGAUUUGUAGUUAAUGAGUGAGAACCUGAAACUCCACUGGUAGACAGACAGAAUGACGACUUUCUUUGCACAUUUUUUUUGCCCCAGACUUUAUUUUUAACGCGUAUCUUCUUUUGAUUUUAACGGUCACUUCUCUCGAACAGGAAACGGCUCCUCACACGCUUUAUUUCUCUCACCUUCAGUGUGAGUUCAGUCUUUUUAACUCCCCCUCUGAACCCAGAACAUCAAGUGCCAAAAGACCCUUGUUUUCUUUCUUAAGGAAGUUGUAUAUAUGUAUAUUUGCUACCAACUGUUUGUGUACGACUUCAAAGUUAAUAAAAAUUAUGAGUUAUUUUUAAUUAAA